UUGUUUGCUCAGGAGAGCAGUUUUUGGCUACGAUUAUUAACCGCCUAACAUCUCUCCAUCGAUCAUUACAUCGACCACUCCAGACCACUUUCGACAACAACUCUUUGACGAAUCAGGCAAAUCAUCCAAAGCUCUUAUCCCGAUGACCAUGACCUAGGUGUUAUUGAAGCUUAAGACAUCAACGAUUCCUGCAUCAGCUUGUCGAACUUUGACCACCAACCCAACUUUGCAGAUGGCUGCGCUCAAACAAGACACGGCCCCUUCGAGGGUUCGCCAAUCGCGGAAAUAUGUCACCCCUAAGAGUGUCAUUCUUGGCUUACUUUCUGCAUCACCAAUGGUUGUUUCGGCUCAAAAUUCGAACUGUAUAUCUUUAAAGGAUUCAAAAGCUUGCCCAGCAUUCACAUCUGCAUCCAUCUCUACCGGAGAUAGUCUGCUUGAGUUCUUCCCCUUCUUGCGAUAUGUUUCCGACAGAGCAUCUUUCGAUAGCCAGCUUUCGAACUAUGUGCAGAGAGAUUAUAUGCAGAGGCAAUAUCAAUCCUUGUUCGGAUGUAGCAAUCUUGACUUGACUAACACCAGCGACUUGUAUGCUCGCUUCACCACGACCGUGUUAUGCAAUGCUAUUGUCCAGAACUCUAUUGAGCCCUGUGGCCUGUCAUCAUCACAGUCGCGACCUCUUUGCGCCGACAGUUGUGCUGAAUAUGCCCAAAGUGAGGCUUAUGUAACAUCAGACGACGAGCUCUGUUCGAGACCGUCAAGCAAUCUGCUUCAGCUGAUUAGAGCAGACUUCACGAACUGUGCCCUUCCUGGUGGCUCUCUGGACACUAAGACAUGUAUUCCAGCAAUCGAGAACGAGUCACAGAACUGUGGCUACGGCAACAGCACCGUGGGACUCUGUUCCUAUUGUGGUUCAGGUGGCCUUAACUCGACCGACACCUGCUGUUACAACUCAAAUGCCGAGGAACGAUGCAAAGAUGUUACAUUACCGACUUUGACCGCCACCAUGACAUUCACCCGAGUAUCACCAACAUCUUCAGCUACUGGGUCAAGCACUGCAGGUAGCGGAAAUGACAACUCCGACGAGGAUGACGAUGAAGGAGGAGGAGGAGGAGGUGGUGGUGGUCUAAGCGGCGGAGCAAUUGCUGGUAUCGUCAUUGGCGUUCUUGCCGGUCUCGGUUUGCUUGCCCUUGGCCUCCUGUUGUGCCUCAGGAGAAGACGACGACCGAGCAGUCCCAAGGGAAGCAUUUUCAACCAGCCUUCGCCUGCCCGACAAGGUGGAACAACUAUGGCUCAAGCAGCACCCUCAGCCGCUCCUCAGGGAUACGAAGUUCUUCCAGGUGGACGUAUAGCACGGAUGUCUGCUCUCGAAGGUCAUUCCGGCGAUUCACCUUCUCAUCAUCGCGACACUUCAUCAGCCGCCGGUGGAAUUGGUGCUGUAGGCGCAUAUCCACGCAGGGAUCAUUCUUCUUCUGAUGAGUUUACGUCAAGCCCACCCUCGUCAGAAACGCGCGGCGGAGUCCUUCGCCCACCACCGACUAAGCCUCGACGACAUGGCUCACUGUCAAGUAGUUCGGCCCUUGGCAGCUCUGUACCGCAGUCCCCAUCUAGUGCUGGGGGAUUUUCAUCGCCUCAGGGCGUCGCUAGCCAACAAUCCGAGCAGUUGCCAUUUUUCAAGGACUACUAUUCUCAGGACGACAUUCACCCCGGUGACCGAAUAGCUGUUCUUUGGGCUUAUCAGCCACGGGCAACCGACGAAUUCGCCUUGGAACGGGGAGAUAUGCUCAAAGUUGUGGGCAUAUGGGACGAUGGUUGGGCAACAGGUGUAAUGCUCAACGAGCGGGCAGAUGAGUGGGAGGCUCGACGACAAGCUCAACGCGAUAGUGGCGUCUCGAACGCGUCGGGACGCCGCGACAGCUCCCCUGUUGCAGAGGGCGAGAUAAAAGCAUUCCCUCUGGUUUGUGUCUGUCGCCCCGAACACUGGAGGAAGACGAUUGAGGGUGAUGGAUCAACGGAAACUGGUUCCAAUGGCUUCAAUGCUCACUCAUCAUUCUCAUGAUUAAUACAGUCACGACACCUUUAAUUGAAUACGGCCCUGGAAGGUACAUGUUAUCAGUGCAUUGGUUUAAUGGCUAUGGCGUUCUGGUUUCUCGGCAUACCCUGUUGGCAUCUGCAGCACAAACUUCAUCCGAUAUCUUCGCAAA